AUGUCUGGGGGUGGAGGGUUCGUCGGUCCUGGCGGUGAUGCGAACGGGGGCCCUCAGGGGACGGAGUACACAUUACAAGGUGUAAUGCGCUUCCUCCAGACGGAAUGGCACCGACACGAGCGAGACCGCAACGCCUGGGAAAUCGAGCGCGCGGAGAUGAAGUCUCGGAUAGGGAAACUUGAGGGCGAUGUCCGAACCAGCAAGCGGUUGCAUGAGUCCCUGGGAAAGCAUGUCCGACUGCUUGAAGCUGCAUUGAAGAAGGAGCGCGAGAAAGUCCGAAAGCUCACCAACAAUGAGGCUGUGGAGGAUCUCCGGGAUCCCAAGGAGAUUGCCCGAGAGAGUAUAAACUCCCUGAAAUCCCAACGGCCGAAAUUCGACCCUCUCGGAGAUCUAGACCCCAACGCUGAAACCCAACCAGAAUACCGCCAGGAGACGGAACGCGACAAGUCACGGUUAUACCUAUCCAAAUGUUCGCAGGAAAUUGCGUACCAUGUCAUUCCCUCCGCGCAUCCACCUCCCGACCUCGGCGACCUCGAGCUCUCGAACCAUGUUUACGGUAACCAGCAGCUGUCUCAGCAAAGUCUAGAAGAAGCGUACGCGUACAUCAUGCAGCAACGACAAAAGCAACAGGCGAGUAAUAUGAUGGCACGGGAAGUUCCUAUGCAGAAUCAUCAGCCUAUUGUUCGGCACUACCCUGACAACAUGAGCCUGUCCCGCGCCCCUAGCCAGUACAGUCUUCCGGCCACCUCGAGGGAUGUUGUCGAUAGGCGGGCUAUGGAGCAACAGCAACUCCCGAUGACAGGUCUUGAGGACAGCAGGCAGGCUCUGGACAAUUCCCUUCGGGAGCGUGGAAGCUCAGAAAGACAGGUAUACGAUAGCUACGGGUCUCAAGCUUCAGCCGAGGAUGCGUCACGAUCCCAGCAAACCGAAGAAACUUCUGGUGAUACUGAUGGUUGGAAUUUCGAUGAUUCAACUGAGCAAGUCGCCCCGCCCGAGCCGAUACCCCAUCGACCAGACGUUGAUGCAUUUCCGAACGCGAAUUUUGCCCGACAGAAGUCUCCCGCCAGGUCUGGAUCACUAUCUCAUCGGAGGAAAAGCUCUGGUGCUCGGCGAAAGAGCGAGGGAUCAGUUGAUCUCGGCACUGGAGCAAGUCCGAAGCAAGAUACCACAUUUAAAGUUCGAUUCGCCCUACGAGGGCACUUGGAUGUUGUCCGGGCUGUGAUUUUUACUGGCGGUGGAAGCCCAUCGGAACCUGAGAUAUGUACUUGCAGUGAUGAUGGAACGAUCAAGCGAUGGUUUAUUCCAGCGAGUUUCGGAGCCUAUGGCCAUGCAGCCAGUUCCGGUAGCGACUUGGAUAUCGCGAGCUAUUUCACGCACCGUGGACACGUUGGAGCUGUGACAGCUCUAGCUGCAUGCUCUCCAUCCCAGAACUUUUCGCAAGGCGGCCGCACGAUCGGGGACGGCUGGGUAUUCUCUGGUGGACAGGAUGCUAGUGUACGAGUCUGGGAAAGGGGCAGGGUCGAUCCUAAGGCCACUCUGGAUGGCCAUUCUGAUGCGGUCUGGGGUCUAUGUGUCCUCCCUGGGACGGCCGGGUCUAUAUUCGGCGAUCAGUCAAGUCAUUAUGGCGGGCCGGACCGUGUCAUUCUUGCAUCGGGCGCCGCAGAUGGUAGGAUAAUCAUAUGGGCCGUCAGCGGCCCGCCCCAGCUCUCUUCACCACAAGCUGGGAAUCGACGUGCUGGCGGCAGCCGGCGGGCCAAUUCGAUUUCCUCGGGGUCAAACUUUCCCUCCUCCCCGCAGCCUAGCACAGCAACGACAACGCCGUUCCACUACACCAUGGUUCGGCAGAUUGUCCGAACGGAAUCACCUUCACCGACGUGUAUCAGCCCACUAUCGCUCGCUGGUAUCAACUUCGUGGUGUCUUAUACAGACGCUUCGAUCCUCGUGUACGACACGAGAACCGGUGAAGAGAUCGUGGGCAUGGCCAGCCUAGAGACAUACGAUGGAACACGAUCAACAGGCGUCAACUCAGUUGUUGCGACCACUAUAGGCUUCGACGGGUCGGCCGGUCUUGAUCCUAGCCGGACGUUGGCGGAUGAAGAGGUAGUCCACGGCGCCACUGGAUCAAGUGGCGUGGAAGGCGUUGUCAUCAGUGGCUACGAGGACAGGUAUAUUCGCUUCUUUGAUGCCAACAGUGGACAAUGCACCUACACCAUGCUAGCACAUCCCUCUGCCAUCGCCUCCCUCUCACUCUCUCCCGAUGGCCGCGAGCUCGUGUCUGCCGGCCACGACGCCAGCCUGCGGUUCUGGAACCUCGAAAAGCGAAGCUGCACUCAAGAAAUCACAAGUCACCGACUUAUGCGCGGUGAAGGGGUCUGCUCUGUCGUCUGGAGUCGCGAUGGCCGAUGGGUCGUUGGCGGCGGCGGCGACGGAGUCGUCAAGGUGUUCUCUAGAUGA